ACUUCCGCCUCAGCUGGGCGGGAAGGGAACUUCCCAAAACAAACCUGACCAAAAUUAUCGUCUGCGCGACGCAAUUUCUGCAUUUAGUCGCCGCUAGCCGCUUCAGAGGGGACCACGGAAAAUGUUGGGAAAGCCCCAGAGGGUGCCACAACUGCCAUGUUCCUAGAGCUGAGAGACAAAGACAGGACACACUGUAUCACUGAUAUCUGGCUAAAGGAUGGCUACCUGCCUCAGAUAGAUGGGGAAGGGCCUGGACUCAACUUCCAGCUGGAACCAGCCGUAUGGUUUAAGGUGCUACUGUUAGAGACUGUAAGAAUCAACUGUCACCAGCAGGUGUUACGAUGGGUGACCUACGCCCCCAAAGGCUCCGCACCAGAAUCAGCUGCCAACGGGCCAAAAGAAAUCUAUGGUCCUGGGGGCUUCUACGACUAUGAUGAUGAUCAGGAUAACCUGUUUGACAUCGCUGGACAAUUGUUAGAAAGAGACUCUGCAACUAAAGAGUACAAACAGGACCUGUUCAGACUGCUCCACUGCUAUGUUCUACCAGUCAUCAGGCUCACCUCAGAUGACCUGCCUCUUAUAGAUAACAUGUUGGAAAUGCAGAUGUGCCUGUUGAACGGAGCAGAUAACGAGCUUCAGCAACAGUUCCAGGUUACUGACGGGACCAAACGCAUCAUGAGGGAACAUCGCAGCGACUUCGCCAGGAAAGUCGUCAAUCAGGAGAUUUGUUUGAAGGACUACAGUAAAGACUUUCUUGAGGAAGUGAAGAAAGGGCUAGAGGAUGACAUCACCAUCGUGAGAGAAAAGCUCAACGAUGUUCAGAAGAAAGUCAACCAGGCUAAAGAAGACUUGAAGAAUCUGAAGAUCGAUGGAAGGUUCUUGGAAAGAGUUCGGGAGACAAGAGAUGGCAUCAAGACGCACCUGGAGAUUCUACUUAAAGGGAUGGCUGAGAUCAAGAACUUCCUUGAGCUUCGGAAGAAGAAACGCUCAAGUAAAUGGAUGAGAAGAGCUCCACACAUAGAGUCAGCCUUCCAUUCAGCACAGGAGCAGUUAGGAGAACAGAGGGAAAAACAGAAAUCUCUGUUGGACAAAAAGCUGCUCCUUGUCAGUGUGAAAGAAGCCCUGCGAUUGGCUAUCGGAGACCUCCAUGAAGAUAGAGACACAGCAGGACUGGAAACAAGUGUGAUGGGAGGAGCGAGGGCAACAGAUGUUCUUGAGUCUUCAACAUGGAGCACACUAGGCGAGAGAGUUUCUAAGAUAGUGCACACCAGUGGAGACCCCAUAGCAGAUGAGCACAAGGCGUUCUGUAAGUGGGUAGUGAACCUGUGUCAGGCCGGCUCAGCUGAGGAGGAGUUACGUCAUCUUAACGUCACCUUCCAGAGGAGUACAGACCUGUCCCUGUCCCUGUCCAUGCAUGAAGCCAGACUGAACAGCAGCUCCAGUUCUGACGAUGAGUUUGUCAUCAUACAUGACAUGGACGUGGACCCCAACGAGAACUGUGUCCGCAAACUCAAGACAGAAAUACACAAGCACUUCAAGAAGAUGACCAAGCGUAUUGCAGAGCGAGAGUUGAAGCCCAACGAUGUUCACUUUGUGAGGAAAGUCUGGCUGUAUUAUGAGAUGUGCUUCUUCACAGAAACCAUGGACGCCAUAACUGCUCUGUAUGAGCUUGCGUACGGCGAAGAAGUCCAGCAGCUGUGCACGGCCCUGGAGAGGUUAAAGGUCGCGGACAUGGAGAUACGAGACAGCUGGAUCCUUUCGCUGUUUCCGGAGAUGGUCGGCGCCGAGGAGAGCAGCGAAACGGAGAGCGCCGGCGAACUGACCACUCCCACCAGUGGGAACAGCAGCGGGGAGGACAACGACAACAAACCGUCGGACAGGGACAGUCUGUCAGAAGCUGCACAUCCAAGACAAGAUAAAGAAGAUAAAGCUUUAGGGAACAAGUCAAGCAACAGCCAAGGAGAAAUUAGAAAACCAGACAGAGACAGGCUGUCGGAAGUUGCAAAUCCAGGAAAAAAUGCAUCGCAAGCUUCAGAAGAUGAAACUGUAGUGAACAAGUCAAACUGCAGAGCUGGAAAUGGAGCAAACGUGCAAGGUGAAUUGAGAAAUGCAGAAGACAGCCAAGAUGUCCUGCAACAGCAAGAGACUCUAACAGGACUAAAAGAUGAAACACAGUCUUCAGAAAAUAGGACUGGAGCUGAUACAAGUGAAGAAGGUGGAUUGACAAACUCAGCAAAUGUUCUCCAAGAGCAGGAAUCUGAAGAAACAAGUAACGACGACGCCUUGUCUUUGAGAGAUGAAGACGAAACCGUCUGGAGUCCCCGCAUCUCACAGCAGCUUCAGAGGCCACCUUCUUACGAGUACAGACUCAGCUAUGUCAGUCUGGAUCCAUCUAUUAACGAAGACAUAGAACAAGCCGUGGAAGUGACGCAAAACUCGAUGGAGACCAUCGCACCACCUGACCAAGAAAGAGAAGAAAAUACAGACUAUAGGGACAGAAAUGUGUCGCUGGCUUCCAUCAAUGAGAUAGAUGUAGAGAUAGGAAAGGAUGUGCACUAUGAUGAUGAAGAUGUUGCCAUGGCUAAAGCCAGUAGUGGGAAAGAUCACUGUAGAACUCCUAUGUCAGAAAGUGCCUGUGAGUCAGAUCUAGAAGCUGUUAGAGUCAGGUUGACUUUCAGAGAUUCAAGUCACAGUUUAAGUGCUGAUUCAGGGUUGGGUGCCUCCACAGUGCUUGGUAACAGUGGACAGGAAAGCAGAGAAAAGAUGCACGACCUACCGCUAGUUCUCCACCAACAGAAGGACAACACAAACACAACUCCAAAAUCAGCCGCAAACGAAGGAAACUGUUUCAGAGAACGGACCACAGCCCUGGACAGAAGGGACAUCCUGCCCCCCAAAAGGAUUCGAACAACUCUCCCCACCAAUGUAGAAACCGUGCCGCGAAAAGACAGCGACGAAACGUUGAAUCUCCUAGAGAUGGUCCACGCUCGGAAGGAGAGGAACGCAAGACGCCGCCGGUCAACGCACUUCUUCACAGCGAUAGACACGAUCAGUGAAGUUCUUCAGGAGAACACCCCACUCAAGAAACUCCAGGCUCUGUCCAAGAGUCUGAGGGACAUCAAUGAGAGGGUUGGGCAACUUAGGACAGUGCAGGGACAAGACAGCCAUCCCCUAGGUUGUGAUGACUUGGUGACAGUCCUAAUGCUGGUUCUGUUGGAGGCCCACAUCCCAACAGUCCUCUCCCUCUACACGCAACUGAGGCUACUGGAGGACCUCAUGGCGCCAUUCCUGGAGACCGGUUGUCAUGGUUACGCACUGGUGCAGUUCCAGAUGGCCCUGCAGUACCUCCAGUCAAAAGUAUGAGGGAGCUGCUGCACAGGUGCACUGCAGUACCUGCUGUUGAAAGUAUGAGGGCGCUGCUGCACAGGUGCCCAGUGUGGUACAGGCUGGAACAAACCAUGAAGAAUUAAUUGUAAGGGGUGUGCAGGAAAAGCACAAAAAUUUUAUGUGUAUGUUUGUUUGUUUGUUGGUUGGUUGGUUAGUUGCUUGUUGUUUAAAAAGACCACUCCACAAUUGACAAACCAUUUCUAUUGCAAAAUAUUUGUUUUGUGAAUAUUUUGAUAAUGUAGGUGAGUUUUACCUGCAUUUUUAACUGUGCUUAGUGUCAACAAUUGCAAACACAUGGAUGAAAAUCCCCACACUUUUCUUUGUUAAGGUACAGUCAAACAAGUUGAACAAUUUUUUUUCUGUCACAUGAUUUUCAGUGAAACUAUGACAGAACCAACUGUCAAGAUGGAUCCACAACAACUUUUUUUGUUUGUUUCCCAAAAAAUUAUCCUGGAAACCACCUUUACACAUAACACACUAUUUUUGUACAAUAAGUACAGGCUGUGUAAGACUGGACUAUAAGGUUUCAACCACACACCCCUACUCUUUUAUUAAGUGUGGUGAGUUCGUCAACUUGAGGUGUGGCUUUCCUCAAACUUGCCACCUUUGUCUUUACACCGUAUCCAAGAGGAUGACCCUAACCAAAGAUAGGUACACAUUUUCACAUGAGUUGAGUGAGGAAAUAGGUAUAUAAAGUGACUUUCCCAGAACCCAGAACCUUCAGCAAGCCUAAUAGCCACAAGACUGCAUUGCCACCAUUUUAUGUGGCACGUGUGCAACUAUCACAAAACUUUGCUCAAUUUCCUGUUGCAUGACCUGCGGGUCAGACUUUACAGAGUCCACUGACCGUUCGAACCCUGAACUUGUUUGGGUGAAAAUUCUCCCAUUGAAGGCCCGCUAAGCAAAGAUGACCACAAUUGCCUUUUAUCCAGAGUUCAUUAACCAGCCAGCACUACUGUACAUGUAUGUUAAUCUGUGUACUCUCUCUGAGAUAGAGAAAGAUCUCUUUGUUGCAGUGGUGUAAGGUAGCACAAUGGUGACACUAUAAAUACUGGGGCCGAAACGUGUUUUGCAGGUGGGUGAAGACAGUUCAACUUGAAGGCACAAAAGGUAGCUUUGUUGAAACGUAUGCUGACGUCAUCAAUGAUGAUAAUAUUUGUUUUGUGGUAAGUAAACAAUGGUUGUGGGGACCUCUUUAACAAAACUGGAUAUUUGAACAUAUGAAGAAGCCGUACAAGCUUACUGAUAUUUUACAACAUAGGUGCCUGGGUUAUCUGUAACACAGUUCAGAACUCCUGAAGUUGGCUGGGAUUUGAACCUAACCCUUGUUGUUUGUUUUGCAUAACUGGUAAAGCACUUACGUCAGACUUACGUUAAGUGCCAUUCCUCCUUUGCCACUUAAAACACAUCAGCAGCCCAAAUGCUCCUGUCUUGCAUAGCUAGCCAUCAUGAAAACCACCGAAACACAUCAGUUUGAAAUUUUAACUCUCUGAAGUAGCUGUUGGAUGGGUGUAUCAAGCUUUACAUUUUAUAAACAAAAUUACGCACUGACCUCUGAUGUUAUAUAGCUGACUCUUAAGUAAAAGAAAUAAGACAAAAAUCCAUCGUGCCUUUUCAAAUCUCUAUAUUGGUGUAGGGGAUUAGGUGUUGCUAAAGUUUGUAAUCAUGCCUUAAAUUAUAACACAGUGUACACUCAAAACAAUUAUGGUGGUGUUUCUGUGCCUUAACAAGCACUAAAAUACAAAAUUAAUGUUUAAAAUGUACAAAUGUACAUGACAAUACUAUGUAAAUAAGUAUACAAAGGCCAUUGUCAGUAGAAGUCUUUACAUUUAGAGCCAGUAUACAAAAAAAGGAGAUUUGAGAAAAUUUGAAAACUUAUGGAAACCAAUCCAUGCCUUUAUCAAAUUAUGUGUUCAUGGAAUUAAGCGCAUACAGUUGGUACUUGUGAUAGAUUUUGGCACGUUUUAAAGGUUUGUAAGUGUUUUUCAGUGCAAUGAAUAGGUGAAACUGUUGCAAACAGUUACUGUUGAGUUGUCCAUAGCCAGGGCUUGAACUACCAUCUGCAUAAUAUGCAGGUUUAAUAGCGCAGGUAAAAAUUGGAGCUGUGCAGGUAUUUCUGAUGUCUACCUGCACCUAACCUGCACUGGGCCAUGUACUGGGUUUAUACAUGUAGAUACUUGUAGGUGUAUGUGGAUUUUUAUUUGCUGCAUUGACUGUUACCACCUAUGAAGUGUAAAGAAAUAAUGGCAAUAGUUUCUGAACAGUUUCAGUAUGAUCCAUACUUCUUAAAUUCUAAGUGGUGCAGGUAAAAUUUGUCUGGUGCAGGUAAUUUUCCAUGUUGCCUGCACCAGUGCAGGUAUGUAGAAAAAGUAUUUCGAGCCGUACUAGUAGAUGUUUUAUGUUUAUAGUUCAUUGUGUUUUUACUUCGUAUGUUGUUUUUUUUUCUUUGUUUUACUUUAAAUGUCUUGAAUGCAAGUGCAAUGGAGCAAAGUUUAAAUGUGUAUAUAUUUUGACCAUUAAGAAAAUUAUGACUAAAACUAGUUUGUAUAAUGCCAGCUUCAAUUAUUUGCAUACUUUCAAUCACGAAGAUUAUCAUCAAGACAAAGAUACUAAUUGAGUAUUUAGUUAAUUAUUUGAAUCGAAGGGAAUGCUGACAAAGAAAAGGCUCAGCCUAAAAUGCUCAAAAUCAAUAGAAAAUGCAACAGUGACAGUUAACUGUUACAGAUUUGUCAGUUAAAGCAGGUUUUAAAAGUCAUAAGGUGUAAAUUUGUUGUAUCUUAUAUUUGCAUUGCGUAUAGUUUAUAAGAUGCUGGCUUUUUGCUUUGGUACAUUUUUGUGCAUCUGUGCUGUGGAAUAAAUUUGUGAAACGUUUAAACCAUGUUUGACUUUAAACAAUAAGUGUAAA